AUGCAUCACCUGACAACCACGAUCCAGCCUCUCUCUCGUGAUGGUGGUGUCCAUGUUGCUAAACCACUCCGAUCCGAUCCGUUCCUUUCCCAUCUCGAACAAGCAUUGGAAAAGAAAUUUGAAUCUCAACAGAAAGGAAAAUUGCGAUGGCUUUGCAAUCGAGAAUUGAAAUACGAUCAUUUCUUUCUGAUUGAAUUUAAGAAUGAUCAGCAAUUUGUGUUGAAUCAUAUUCGGAAAUAUGGUUUCGGUUUGUCCUUUGCUUCCGAGGCAUUGAAAGGCAAUAAGGAAUUUUUGUUGCAAUUAUUGAUGAAACUAAUAUUGGACUCCAAGAACUCUGGAGAAAGAGACCUAGAGGAAGCGAUAAAAGAUACUCUCAAUUUUCUUUCAAGGGUGGAUAAAGAAUUGCAAUACAAUCGAGAUUUUGUCUUGCAAGUCGUUCGACAAUAUGGAAAGGUUUUCAAAAGUGAUCUCGACAUCAAUUAUCAACAUGACAGAGAGAUUGUUUUGGCCGCUGUGAAACAAGAUGGACGAGCAUUGAAAUAUGUUUCAGAAUGUUCAUCCGAUCAAUUGAAACAAGAUCAAGAAGUGGUAUUUGAAGCCAUUCGACAAAAUAAGAAAGCGCUUCGUUGGGCAUCUCGUAUUUUACUUGAGGAUGAGAAAUUUAUGUUAAAAGCACUUCGAUUGGUAUUGAUACCAGAGUUGGAUCAGUUUCAUUAUUCCAACAAAAAAAUCAUGUGCCAAGUGGUCAAAGAAUUUAGUUUUUUGUUGGAAUUUGCAUCUCAAAAAUUGAAAAGUGACAAGAAGAUGGUUUUUCAUGCUGUCAGUAAUGACGGCUUGUCACUUCAACAUUCUUCCCAAGAAUGUAAGAACGAUAAAGAAAUUGUAUUGAAGGCUGUUCAACAGAACGGACUCGCUUUAGAAUUUGUAGCGACACAUUUCAAAAACGAUCACGAAAUAGUACGGACAGCCAUUCUCCAAAAUGGUAAUGCUCUUCGUUAUGCCUCUUCAGAACUACGAAAUGAUUCGACUAUUGUAUUGGAAGCCAUUCAACAAUGUUCACAAGCUUUCACAUAUGCUUCCAAGGAGCUCAAAGAAAAUCAAGAAUUUUUAUGGAAAGCUCUUGAACUUGGAUGUGAGAAAGUUCUUAAAAGAAUUCCAUAUUCAGAAGAAUUUAUACCAUUCGUGAUGGAAGUGGUCAAGAAAAACGGACUUUGUGUAUCUUCAAAUAAUGAAUUUUGUUAUGGUAGACAAGUCAUGUUAGAAGCGAUUCAGAAUCAUGGUUUUGCAUUAUAUUAUGCGAGCGAAAAGUUGAAAUCAGAUGAAGAACUUGCAAUGAUAGCUCUCAAAUGCCAUGGUUAUGUGUUGGAUCAUGAGAGAACUUGCAAUCCAGCAUUCUGGAAUGACGAUCGUCAAUUAUAUCAAGCAAGAAUGGAUCAUUGUUAUUUUGAUGCUUUUAUGGGAAACAUGUAA